AUGUCGGAAAGGGAAGAUAAUGUGUAUAAAGCUAAGUUAGCCGAGCAGGCUGAGCGCUAUGAUGAGAUGGUGGAGGCGAUGAAAAACGUAGCCUCACGCAACGUGUCCGACAAUGAACUAACAGUCGAGGAGAGGAACCUUCUGUCUGUUGCCUACAAAAAUGUGAUAGGCGCCCGCCGUGCCUCGUGGCGGAUCAUAUCCUCCAUCGAACAGAAGGAAGAAACCAAAGGCGCCGAGGACAAACUCAGCAUGAUCCGGGCGUACCGCAGCCAGGUUGAAAAGGAGCUUCGCGAUAUUUGCUCAGAUAUCCUGGGCGUGCUCGAUAAACACCUCAUCCCAAGCUCACAAACCGGCGAAUCUAAAGUCUUCUAUUACAAAAUGAAGGGCGAUUAUCACCGAUACCUGGCCGAGUUCGCGACGGGCAACGACCGCAAGGAGGCGGCCGAGAACUCGCUCGUCGCGUACAAGGCCGCCUCCGACAUCGCCAUGACGGAACUGCCGCCCACACACCCCAUACGCCUCGGCCUCGCUCUUAACUUCUCAGUAUUCUAUUACGAAAUCCUAAACAGCCCGGACCGCGCGUGUCGGCUGGCCAAGGCCGCCUUCGAUGACGCCAUCGCGGAGCUAGACACGCUGUCGGAGGAGAGCUACAAGGACUCGACGCUCAUCAUGCAGCUCUUGAGGGACAACCUCACGCUGUGGACUUCGGAUAUGCAGGGCGACGGCGAGUCCGCCGAUCAGGAGCAGAAGGAGACGGCCCAGGACGUCGAGGAUCAAGACGUCUCGUAA